AGAAUUGAUUUUAACCUUUGACCUUAGUGGCGUUAUCGUUGAUAACGUGACCAACGUGCAAAAAUGUCAAAAAAUCACAAUAAAGCAGCAGAUAAACCAAAGAGUAACAGUACCAUCGAUACAUGCUGUCAAAAUGUAAAUGGAAGAGUACCGAUGAAGUCUGAAACACCCACGAUACCAAAGCGUCGCCAGGAGCUUUUAAAAUGGAAUGGAUGGGGUUAUAGUGAUUCCAAGUUUAUUCUUAACAAGGAUGGACAAGUGGAAAUGACAGGAGAUAGGUAUCGUUUAAGUGGACAAGUGAUGCCACUUCUGCGAGAAUGGAUGAUGGCAACAGUAGGCAUUAGUUUAGACCACAAGACACCAGCGCAGCCUUCAUUGACAGCAAAAGAUAUCAAUGUACCAAUUAGAAAUGAAAACUUUAUAUCUGACCUCAAAAGAUCCAGCAUUCCAUUCACAGAUGACUGUCAGGAUCGACUCUUUCGAGCUCAUGGACACACCUUACAUGAGAUUUUUGUCUUGAGAGAGGGAAUGUUUGAUCGGAUUCCUGACUUAGUAGCAUGGCCUCAGUGUCAUGAUGAUGUAGUCAAGGUUGUAGCUCUAAGCUGCAAACACAAUGUAGUCAUCAUUCCGUUUGGAGGAGGAACAAGUGUGUCAGGUGCAUUGGAAUGUCCAGCACAGGAAAAAAGAAUGAUUGUCUCCCUUGACACAUCACAAAUGAACAAGAUACUGUGGAUAGAUGAAAAAAAUUUAGCAGCCCACUGUGAGUCCGGAAUCAUUGGCCAGGAUUUAGAAAGAAGGUUGGCAGAAAAGGGUUUCUGCACUGGACAUGAACCAGACUCCAUGGAGUUUAGCUCUCUGGGAGGUUGGGUGGCUACAAGAGCCUCUGGAAUGAAGAAAAACAUUUAUGGCAAUAUUGAGGACCUGGUACUUCACAUAAAGUUUGUGACUCCACAGGGUGUGAUGGAGAAGAGUUGUCAGGUGCCCCGCCUGUCAUCAGGAUUAGACAUCCACCACUUCAUCCUAGGAUCAGAGGGAACACUGGGUGUCGUGACUGAAGUAACUCUCAAGAUCCGACCACUUCCUCCAUGCAGAAAAUAUGGUUCCAUUGUCUUCCCUGAAUUUAUGAAUGGUGUGAAUUGCCUGAGGGAGAUAGCCAGACAGAGGUGUGCUCCAGCCUCCAUACGGCUUAUGGACAAUCAACAGUUCCAGUUUGGUCAUGCUUUGAAACCUGAGUCGAAAUCCUUAUUAAACAGCUUUGUUGAAGGCAUUAAAAAGUUUUAUAUAACAAAGUUGAAAGGUUUUGAUACUUCAAGGAUGUCUGUGGCUACUCUCUUAUUUGAGGGAACAAAACAGGAAGUGGCAGCCCAGGAGAAACGAGUGUAUGAAAUUGCUGCACAAUUUGGUGGUCUGCCAGCAGGUGCAGACAAUGGAGAAAGAGGAUACAUGUUGACCUUUGUAAUUGCCUAUCUGAGGGAUCUGGGCUUUGAUUACUACAUCGUAGCAGAAUCAUUUGAAACCUCAGUGCCAUGGGAUAGAUGUCUAGACUUAUGCCAGAAUGUCAAGGACAGAUUACACAGAGAGUGCAAAGAGAAGGGAAUCCAAUUUCCUCCUUACAUCACGUGUAGGGUAACACAGACUUAUGAUGCAGGUGCUUGUGUAUAUUUCUACUUUGGUUUUAAUUACCGAGGAAUUCAGAACCCUGUUCAAGUGUAUGAAGAAAUAGAGAGUUCAGCAAGAGAUGAAAUUCUGGCAAAUGGGGGAAGUAUUUCACAUCACCAUGGAGUUGGUAAGCUGAGAAAGAAAUGGUUAAGGAAAACCGUUGGAGAUGUGGGACUUGGAUCAAUGCGGGCCAUCAAGAAUUAUAUUGAUCCUCAUAACAUAUUUGGAAACAACAACCUCAUGAUAGGUGAUUCCAAAUUAUAAAGGACAAAAAGACUACAUGUAAAUUCUAUACAAACAAUUAUAUACACAAACAAGAAAAAGGAUCCAUUCUGUGUCCAUCUUUGAUCAUUGAAAAAAAUGAUAGAAAUUCUGUAGUGGCCUUAUAUAAAUUGAAUGUAACCACAAAAACUGACUUUUUUGUAUGAGCUGGGUGAAGUAUUACAUACAGUACAAACAACAGUUUCCUAUUGCUUGUAAAAUGUGAUGCAUUAUUAGUAUGUGGCUAAAAUGUGAUGCAUUGUUAGUGUGUGGCUAAAAGCCACUUUUUUGCAAUGAAGACUAAUUUCCAAUGUGUUUCUUUACUUCAUGCAGAUAUUUGAUUGAUUACUGUAUAGAUCUAAUCUUGUUCAUUGUAAUACAUGUAUUUUUUGUCUUGUGUUUAUAUUUCAGUCAAUCCUAUAAAUGCUAAUAUCUUA